CUUGAUAGUACUAAAAGCAGAACUGACUAUGGUCAUUACAACUGAAAGGGUCCACAAGCCUGUCUAUCAAGAAAAUGCUGCGCCUCUUUUGCAGACACUGAAAAGGCAUUCUGAGUCUUGUAUGAUUCGCGGAGAAUCAAAUCUUGUAAAAAAGGGACGUCUGUGGAAGUGCACGACAUGACAGCCGUGUCGUUUUAUUCACCUUGCUUCAGAAACUAUGAGUGCAACACCCAGCAGCAGCAGCGCCACGAACCAAUCCGAGGGACCUCAGUCCAUCACCGAUAUUAUGAACAAUUUCCAGAUUCCUUCCUACGAAAGCGAACGAUUAGCAGGUUUUUUUCGUGAUUACGAUACAAUCAUGAGCCACAUUCAACACGGUUUCAAGCAAACCAUUGACGUUGCUUGCGAUCUGGAAGAAUUACAGCAAUCAGAUAUGAUCACUCCUUUGGAAUCAGACAUGCAGACGUACAUUGAUCUCGAGCACCAACUUCAGGAGCAAAAGACGAUCAUUGACGAGCUUCAACGUGGCGUUUGCGACCAACGAUUAAAGGGGGAUAUCAUGAAAGAAUAUACCAAAAAAUGGGAGAAGAAUAUGCGAAAAUACAGCAACAUGCCGGCCAAGAGGAAAUAUUACAACCACGAACAAUAUAACAGCUUCAAACAGAUCAUUUGGAACGUCAACCACCCCGAUGAACCGAUGCCACCGUUGGGAGAAGAAGACGGCAGAGCCAAGGAUGAUGAUAUCGUGAUUGGCGCUACGAAACUGGCGUUAAAAUGUCCUUUAACAACUACAUGGUUUGAGGAACCUUUGACAAGUAAACUAUGCAAGCACACGUUUUCGAAAGCAGCGAUUAUGGCAUUGCUUAAAAGGUCGCAUGGAUCCGUGGAAUGCCCUAUACCAGGUUGUGGCAAGCUAAUUGAUCAGCGCGUGUUGUAUGAAGAUACAUUGAUGGAACGACGAGUGGCAAGACAACAAGCUUUGGAAGCUUCGUCAUCACACACAGAGUUCUAUGACGUUGAAUAAGUGUGAGACAAGAAAAAGCAAAAAGAAGGAAAAAGGAUGUAGUAACUGUACAGAUAUUUUGAAAUUAAAAAAAGGAAAAAGGAAGGAAAGAAACACAAAAUCAUCCUAUUUCUUUUUUAAAAACCUCUUCUGGCUGAAGAUCGAAGCGGGAAAUCCGAUGUGUGCUCCUUGCUUGUGCAAGACAUGAUGCCUGUAAACAAGUAAAAUGGUUAGACAAUAUGUAAAUAAACCACCCUCAUUUCUCUCUGUUGGCUUAGCAUUUCACAACUUACCCAUAGCUCUGGCUCGUUUAAU